AUGCAUGCGAAUGCAGCAAGUAACCACUCUUCGUUUUUGAACAAUUUUCGACCAGUCAACGACUCUGGGCUGAAUUCCACAACUCAAUUUUUCUCAAUUCCAAGUGAUUUUGAAAUAAUUACCCAAGUAGUCAUCCUGAUUGUUGUCCUCGUCGUGUCGGUCGGCGGUAAUUGCUUGGUGUGCUACCUUGUCUUCACUGUCAAACAGCUCCAAGUACCCACAAACUAUUUCAUCCUUUCUCUUGCACUGGCCGACUUUUUGUUCGCAUUGGUGUGUCUACCUUUCCGCAUUGUAAACGUGCUGGAUUACUAUCUGUGGACACUCGGUUUGGGGGCUUGUAGAUUCUGGGUCUGGCUAGAUUUGUUAUUCUGCUCUUCUUCCAUAGCAAACUUAGCGGCCAUUAGUGUAGACCGCUAUUUAAAGAUCGCUUCGCCACUAACUUACGACAUCCGAAUGACAUCAACCCGUGUCGCUGUUAUUUUAGUAAUACUAUGGGGAUAUUCCAUAUCUCUGGCGUCGCUAUCAUUUGUGUCCGGCGACGCUUUGGGAAUUAUAGUACGAGAACAAAUAUGCUAUAUCGACAACAAGAUCUACCUGACAGCAAUUUCCUUCAUCGGGUUUUUUGCCCCCUUCACCAUCAUGAUUCUUAUGUACUGCUUUGUAUUUAAAGUUGCGGUUAACCAAGCAACUGAGGUGUUCCGUCUACAAGAGUCGCUUUGCAACGGAAGUGAGCGGAACUCAAGAAGAAAAUCCAGCCGCUUUUCAGCCGGGACGAUCUUCUUCGAGGUGAAGGCGACAAAAACAUUGAUUAUACUUCUGAGCGUAUUUUGCAUUUGCUGGUCACCGUUUUUUGUGCUCACUUUGCUCAGUCUGUACAGUCCUGGUGCAUUUGAUGGCCUUCCCAGAGAGUUGAUGAAUUUUCUGAAGAUCACUUUCGUCCAUCUCUUGCCAAACUGCAACGCGGCAUUCAAUCCGAUCAUAUACACCACGUACAACCACCACUUUCGUAAAGCUAUUCAAAGGUUGUUAAAGCGAUACAAGGCAGAUCGGAGAGGGAGUUUCAACUCCUUUUCCGAGCCUGCUUCAGAAUUCAAAAGAAAGAUUGGCUCGGUCGUUUGGACAAAAGCCCCACACACAGCAUCCGUGUGGUUCUCAACUGGUGAAGAAAGCACCCUUCAGAAUUUGACAGAGUCUUAA